UUUAAUUUUGUUAGGUUUAAUAUCUUGAAUAAUAUUAUUGACAUUAUCAGAUUAUAUUAUAUCUUCAUCCUGUAUUUCUGAUCGAAGGUAUUUAGUACGCUUAAAGUCAUAUGUACGCAAUAGAGCUCAACCUGAGGGCUCUAUUGCAGAAGGGUACAUUGCCGAAGAGUGUUUGACAUUUUGUUCGAGGUAUCUUGAAGGUGUGGAGACAAUUUUCAAUCGACCGCAACGAAACUAUGACAAUGUGCAUAAUGCAGAUGAUUAUAUGUUCUCAUCUAGUGGACGAGUUCUAGGACAGUUUGAGAGUGUUAUUCUUGAUGAAAUUUCUCUAUUGCAAGCACAUCGUUAUGUGUUACUCCAUUGUGAUAAGAUAUCCUCCUAUCGUAGUGAAUUUUUGGUUGCUCAGCGAAGAGCAAAUCGUAACAUUCGAGCUAACCCAAGUAUCGAGCAUAAAUGGCUGGUUGAAAAUUUUUCUAAUUGGCUUCUUACAAAGGUUCCAAAGAUGGCCGAGAACAAUUGCCCAGAGGAAAUUAUUGCAAUUGCCCGAGGUCCAAAUAAUGUCGCUAAGAGAUAUAGUGGCUUUGUUAUUAAUGGGUUUAGAUUCCAUACAAAAAAUCGUGAGAAAUUAAGAAAAACCCAGAAUUCUGGAGUGAUGGUUGAAGCAGAAGGACAAGAUUAUUAUGGCAAACUCACAGAUAUUUUUCAGUUAGAUUACUAUGGAAACUUUAAGGUCGUCUUGUUUCGUUGUGAGUGGGUUGAUAUUAGGUCACCAAGAGGAAUGAAAAAGGAUACAAAUGGCUUUGUUCUUGUGAAUUUUUCUAAGUUAAUGCACACUUGGCACUUAUUGAAAGAUGAUCUAUUCAUAUUCUCAUCUCAAGCAAAACAAGUUUUCUAUAUUCAAGACGUGAAGAAUGAAGAAUGGUCUUAUGUUCUUAUAACAAAGCCAAGAGACUUGUAUGAUAUGGGAACAACAUUGCAAGGAGAGGAUGAUGAUGAUCAGACAUACACUCAAUGCAUGCCGUUUAAUGUUAUUGAUGCUAACCAAUUAGAUAAUUGUGCAAGUUGGGCAAGAACAGAUGUUGAAGGAGAGAAUAGUCUUUGAUAUGGCUUUUGUGACCCUUUCAUUAUGGCAUUAACGUAUCAUCUUUUCAUUAUGGCAUUAAAGUAUUAUAUGCUUUCUUUUUUUUGUUUACCUUUUAGAUUCUGUUUGCUUACAUCAAAAUAAUUAGUAUAAGAUUUUCACAAUACUUAUAAUUGUUAUGGAUUAUUUUUUUAGACAUUCACUUGACUAAGAUGCACUACAACAAAAAGAAAGAAGUUAGACCAUUAGUGGCGACUAAUGUCGCUGCAGAAUGUUUUCAUACAUCGCGCCAUUACUUCCCUCUUCCUUUUUUCACCAACAAGCACUAUCUUUUUUUUUUGGACUAUUAUACCCUUACUUAUUGUAUAUGUUGUAUGUAAAUAGUUGGAUUAUUUAGUCUUUUGACAAAUUAAAAAGGGGUAAAUAAUAUGUACAGGGAAAAAAACCCCUAAACCCCAAAUCACACGAGUGAUCACCCUCUCAUUCACUUGACUGUGAAGUGCUUUAGUUGCUUAAGCUGAAUGCAUAAGUAGGUUUCUGAUCAAACGAGGUUGGAGUCUAAGUUGUUGGCUUUGUAGCUUCUAUACCUUAAACUUGAUAAGAAAAAAAAUUAGUAAUAAGUGGAUUUGAGAAUUGGAAAGCGCAUAGCAGUUUGUAUUAGAUUAAAUUUCCAUCAAAGAAAAAAAAUUGAUGGCUAAGAUGAAACCCUCAAACUUCAUUUUUUUAGUGGCCUUGGUACAUAAGCAAGACCCCUAGAAGGUGCCCUUCUCCUCUUCAUUUUCUUCCUGGCUUGGAGCAAGAUGCCAUUUGCUAUGCUAAUCUGUUGAUUUAUUCAAGUCGGCAUUCAUUUUUUCAGUAUUGGCCACUAUUCUUUUUGUUGAAGCUGGUUGUUAUAUAAUUGGAUUACCAAGCGAAUGAUAAGAAGUCUUAUUCAUAGUAACAUACUCAAUUGGGUAAUAUUGUGUAGUUCAAUACUCAGUUCUUGGAAUUUAUCGAUCCGUUUCUAUUACACCAAUUCUUCUGCAAAGUAAGGACGACAUUGAUGUUA